ACCAGGCUUAAGAUUAAGAUAGUAGUGGAGAGGAAUCUAAGACAAUGGACAAGCAGCAGUCACCCAGUCCUGGAGUGUCCUCCCCAAGUGCACCUAAUAAGACUGCAUCUAUUUUGAUGAUCCAACCAUUGGAAAAUGUGAACAAGGAACUUCUUUAUCACCAAAGGAUGAACAGACCCUUUAAAGUCAUCCAGAACCUUCCAGUGUCGAAAUCUGCAUCAGAAUUACCUGACUAUACAACUAUGAAACAUCCAUUAAGCGUUAAGGAUAGUGCAGUACUUUACAAUUCAUUGAUUGUCUCUAGGUUCAACUGGAUUCAUCAUAUCUUCAAAACGUACUGGACCAGAAGAGAACAAGUUAUACGUGGAGUUGACAUGAACAAAAAGGACAAAAUGGUAAGAUUCUGCAACCCUGUUCUCUCAUGUAGUGUACACACUUUCAAAGUUAAACUUUUUUUUUUGAAGGAAGACGAGAGAGAGAAAGCGUUUCGAGUUGAAAUCGAAAAGCGAAAAGAAGAAAGGUUGAAAAGAAGAAGAGAAAAACUUGAGGAAAUGCAGAGGAGAAGAGAGGAAAAAGAACGUGAGGAGAAGGAAAAAGAGCUGGAAAGAGAAAAGUCAAAAGAAACGUAUUUGACAAAGAUGCAAGAAGAUAAGGAAUCGCUAAAGAAGGAGGAGGAGUAUCAAUCACUCCAGUCUAAGCAACAGGCACCACAACCAUCGCAAUCGCAGUCACAGUUACUACCACAUGAGGUUGAUCAACAUAAGUUACUAUCAACGCACCAGCAACAACGACCUCAGGAAUCAGAAUUGAUGUUGCAACCGCAAAUAAAAAAUCAACCUCCACAGCAAUCGCAACCAACCGAAAAAAAAGAAAUGGAUUUAGGCGUAAACUCAGAGCAAAUUCAAGUACAAAAUCUAAAGAAUAUUGCACCAUCUGGAGACACUCAGAAUCGAGAAGAGACUUCAGAAGUUGCUUCCAAUACAGAAAAGGUAAGCAAGCCGACAAUAAAAUUUAAUCAAGACCAACCAGGCAAGAAAGAAAGCGAAAGUAAAUCUGAUGAGACAGAACGGAUUCAAAGCUUGCCAAAGGCUACUCACAGUGAUUCGACUAACUUUGCAAAAACUGAUAGUGAUAGAGGUUCUCCUUCCAGUAGCACAGCUUCCAACACUAAAAAUAAAUCGAAACCUGAUACUAAAGACAUCAUGUCAAAUCCGGAGAGUGCAAUCAUGAUUCAGAAUUUGAACGUUUUAGCAAAGCAAGACCCCCACCUCAAUGUUUUAAUGAAAAAGGUGGCAAGUGGCUCAGCUAGCACAGAACAAAUUUUGGAGUUUCAGAAGUAUAUACAAAAAGCUAAAGAAAUGGGUGAUGUAACGGGUUAUAUGGCUAAACUGAAACAAAAGCAGAAAGAGGCUAAAGCUAACGCCAAGAGUUUGAAGAAAGCAGGUGACACCCGUUCCAAAGAAGAGAUAGAAGCGGAGAAACAGAGAAAAAAGAAAGAGAAACUCGCCAAACUCCAAUCAGCUCCCAUUAUCAAACCAGUAAAGCUUACUCCAGAAGAAGCAAAAAAAAGAGAAGAAGACCUCCUGAAACGGGCAAUGGAAAUGAAACAGGAGCAAGAAAGACUAAGAUUGGAAAAACAGAGGUUAAGAGAAGAAAGAGAACGCGAGAAGAUACGAUUGAAACAAGAAAGAAUCGAACAAAAAGCUAGAGAGAAAGAAGAAAAAGAAAGAUUGAAACAACUUGCAAAAAAAGAAAGAGAACAAGAAAAAGAACAAAAGAGACAAGAAAAACUUGCUGAGAAGGAGAGAGCUCGGCGUGAACGUGAAGAAAGACAAAAAGAAAAACAGCUUCAAAGAGAGAAAGAGAAAGUCGAGCAAAAAUCAAAAAGUAAAAGCGAUUUUUCGGGGAAAAAUAAUGAUGAUGAUGAUGAUGACGAAAAUGAUGAGUACGAUGAUAGAAUGGCAAAGUUAAACAACGGAGAUGAUGAUGAAGACGAUGAUCUUUGGAAUGACAAAUUAUCACCAUUGCAAGAACGCUAUAACACAGGUGCAAGUUUGGUAUUCGAGUUUAUAGAAAAUCCAGCUUCGAGGUUUACAAUUCCCAGGGACACUAUAUAUGAGCUUAUAGACAAUGACGAAGAAGAAAAUGAAAAUGAAGAUUUAGAUGGAAACAUUAGUGGUACAGAUGUUGAUGCUACUGGUAAGAUAAAGAAUGAGAACGAGGCUUCUGCUUCUCAUCCUAAAUCGCCAUACAUCACUGUUUUAGCAUCAUUUCUCUUAGUCCACAAUCAAAAAGAAAUAGAUGGGUGGGAACGUCGUCAAGCUGAAGUUAAGGCUGCAAAAGAAGAGAAGGAGAAGAAGAGAUUGGAAGCUUUGAAAGCUGAAGAAGAAGAGGCCAGUAAGAACACAAUAGCUGAAAAUGCACGUAAAAGACGCAGAAAGAGAUCCACUUGGAGUAGCUCUAACAAAAGAGCCACUCGUGCUUCAAAACAGGCUAAAGAAAUAGAGCAGUUUCGCCGUGAAGAGGGAAAUUUCCAUGAAGAAGAUGACGAGUUACGCAAUGCCAGCGCAGCCGAAGAUUUGAGGCCAAUUCCUGUCUAUUCUUGCGUUACCAUGAAACUUUCCAAAAUUCCGUUCAGAUUUACUAGUUUUGUGUUAGAAAGUGGAAAUAAUGCCGAAGAAAGAAGAAAAAACAUGGAAGAGACUAUAAAAAUAGGAACUCGUCUUCCCCUAUCUCAGCUAUGGUACCAGAUAGAUGGUAUCAAGGAUGAACUAUUGGGUGAAACAUUACGGUAUAAUCUGAACAGACUUGACUAUUUAGCAUGUGGUGGCAAAAAAAGUAAGGCUCUGUUUUUGAAGAAGUUUGGUAAAGGUGGCAGAGGCUAGGCCAUAGUGCACGGGCAAUUUUGGUCCUUCUAUGUACUUAUAUACUAGCUGAUACGCUGAAUACAGAGUUGCAGACUCGUUAUAGCUUUAUGCAC